GUGAGGCCUGACGCAAAUCUCCAAUGUUCUCAGGGUGGAAAACAAAAACAGCAUGGGUGCCUCCUCUGGCCCAUGCACAUUAGGCCCCUUCAAUAGAUGCACCUUCUGCCACACAAAAGCUCUGAGGGCUUUCUCGGCAAACUGUGCCUCUGGAACAUUCCCGUCAGAGGAGCUUCAGCCAUCAUGAAGCAAGUGCUGGUGAAGUUACUGCUUUUACUCAAGAGAUUUGCCCCGUCAGUCGAAGACAACUGACGUCCACUGGUGCUUUUUUUUCCUGUGUCUGUAUGGAGUCAGUGUACAUGGUGGCAUGUGGCUGGGAUUAGGGAAUUUCACUGUGGAUUAAAAUCUUUUCCAACGCCUCCUGGCCACUCGCUGAAAGAAGGAGUGAGAAGUUGCAGGAGAGAACCGUGAGCAGUCCAUGGUCUCAGUUAGCAGCUCCAGGAUGCUCCGGCUGCUCCAGGGACACCGAAGUUGCAAAACCCGUCUGGUCACCAAAGACGGGCACUGCAACAUCGAGUUUGGCAACAUCGAAUACAGCAACCAUUUCGCCUACCUGGUGGACUUCUGGACCACCUUUGUGGAGAUCCGCUGGCGCUUUGUUUUCCUCCUCUUUGUGGCUUCGUUCACGGGCAGCUGGUUCAUUUUCAGCCUGUUGUGGUACUGGAUCGCAAAGAGCAACGGGGAUCUGAGUGGACAGAACCGCACAGAUGGACAUGUCCAGUGUAUAGACAACGUUAACGGCCUCACGACGGCUUUCCUCUACUCUUUAGAGACCCAAACCACCAUUGGGUACGGCGGUAGGGCGCUGACAGGACACUGUGCCGGCACGGUGGCUCUCAUCAUCCUCCAGUCGCUAAUCGGCGUCUUCAUCAACUGCUUCAUGUGUGGCGUCGUCUUGGCAAAGAUCUCCUCGCCCAAAAAAAGGGCAAAGACUGUCCCCUUCAGCGACACAGCCGUCGUCUGCUUGAAGAAGGGCAGUCUGUGUCUCCUGAUCCGAGUGGCCAACCUUCGCAAGACCUUGCUAAUCGGCAGCCAGAUCUACGGCAAGCUGAUCAGGACAACGACCACACCGGAUGGAGAGACCAUCAUUCUGGACCAGGUGGACGUCGACUUUAUGGUCGACGCUGGCAAGGACAACUUGUUUUUCGUGUGCCCUCUGACGCUCUACCACGUGAUUAACAAAUCAAGCCCCUUCUACGAACUGUCAGCCGACACGCUCCCCCAGCAGGACUUUGAGUUGGUGGUCUUUUUGGACAGUACGGCCGAGUCCACCAGUUCGUCCUGUCAAGUCCGUACUUCGUACAUCCCACAGGAGAUUCUAUGGGGCUACAGUUUUCUGCCCAUCAUCUCCCGCACCAAGACGGGAAAGUACCGCGUGGAUUUCUCAAACUUUUCCAGAAGUGUGCCGGUGACCACGCCGCACUGUGUCCACUGCUUCGAGACGGACGCAGACCAGCGAAACCACAACGGCCACAACCAGCAGAAGACUGGCAUCGACAAUCUGGGCUUUCAGGCGAUUGACGUUCAUGACUUUGUGGACAUCACCAAAAUGUGAACGCAUGGAGAUAAGAUUCUAAUCAUGGUGUCAUAUCAGUGUCUUGUUGAAAGCCAAUCAUAUCAUUUAAAGGUACUGUAGGCGGUAUCGCUACAUAACUGUCGGCUGGUGAACCUUUUCAUACAUUCACACUCAAACAUUACCUGGUUUUACUUGAUUUAUUACAGGAUUGGGAGAUGGCCACAUGUGAAGACAUCCACCAUGUACACAAUAGUACGUCCAAAAACCAGAUGCCUCUCAUGGCAUUUAACUCCACCCUUGUUAAAUGAGAUUUUCCCCCAACUGACUGUGACUCCCAAUUUGCCUAAUCCCCAAAUCUGCAUGUCUUGGACUGUGGGGGGAAAACGGAGAACCCGGAUGAAUGGAUGGAUGAUUGUGGCAUCCAGUGGUUAAAAUGUGGUACUACAACUACAACAGUAUUGCACAAACACAAAAAUUGUAGCCUUUCACCAAUCACAGAGUGGGUGCUCGUGUUCGCUAUGACACUACUAUUA